GGACAACUAGCUGAAGGUGUAGUCAGAUCCGUGACAGCGAAGUGGAACAAAGCGAUUUUUGACAGCUAAAUAACACGAGAUAAUGUGUAGUUCGUGUAGAGAGCUUUCAUGAAUUAUAUUUAUCCUUCUUUAGUAUAUUUGUCUACACGGUAUCACCCUUUGAAUCGUACUAACGGCUGUGUUCCGCGUGACAGCCUUCGACGGCUGACGAACUUGUCCUUACCUUGCGUAAUGUUUUGUUCCUUGAUUCAACACCAGGAAGCGAGACCAACAGGCUAGCUGUUACUGUUACCGCGAUGAAAGCACAAAAGAACCAGAAAACAUAACAUUAAUGGUUCGGAUUUGACCAUUAACGACCCAGUUAAGGAGCCGUUACACUGUAUUUAAGGAUUAACAUCGCUGUAAUUCGCCGCGUAAACUGUUGGGACUGAUAGCUAGCUUACCGUUUAGCCAUCUGGCAAGAUUGUCGCUUGCUAACGUUAGCAGCUGGUUACCGUUAGCAAGUUGACGAUGGCUGUGGCGCAUAGAGGUUGUGUUGUGGCUGGAUAUUUACUCGUACUGCUGCUGGCUGGGUGCAAAGCGAGGAUACACAAGCUCACUUUAAAGAAUGAAACCCGCUUUGCCGUCGAUCUCAACAACUUUGGUUUCUAUGCCAAUGGGACUCUGGAUGUCAACCUGCUUUCUCUGCGCCUCCCAGAGCAGCUGGUGAACUACAGCCUCUACCCUGUUGGUUUCAGCCUCUCAAGGUCACGUGUGAAUGGAGUCUUGUCCUACACUGCGGAAGAGACCGAGACAUGCCCACUGACUCUCACAAAGCUGACCAACAACGAGCCUCUCGUCCUUUUUCUCAUCGAUAUCAGCACCCUCAGUGUCAACGUGAGAGCUAUGGGUGAUCAAGACAACAUCUUGCAAGCAAAGCCAAAGGGUGAAUUGCCUAAAGGCCAAAGGAAAGCCAGGCAAGCUCCUGCUAAUACUGCUGUUAAACCUGGGGAUAAACCGACAACAAAUGGAGAAAACAAUGCAGAUCAGACAGACAAGAAGGCUGACAAGAAGGCUGUUGAAACGGAAGAUAAAUCUGCGGUUCCGAAGGACGAAGUUAAGACAGAAGCAAAGCCAAAGCCUUCAGUAGAAGCUACUGAAAAGGAUGAAAAGGAAUUCCAGCUGGGGAAGAACACCCAGUUUACUCUAGCUCUGGACAAAGAUAAGGACACAGGUUCAUACAAAUUCAAAUUCCACAUGGUGGUGGGGAUGCUGGCAGAGGGUCUGUACAGCCUCAAGUUCCACUACUGUCAGAACAGGGUGCAUGGAAUCAAGCUACCCUACUCAUUUGCCGUGGAAGUGAUAGAGGAGAAUCCAGGCGGCUACCUGUCUGCAGCAGAAAUUCCUUUGUCUCGCCUUUACAUCGGUAUGGCCGGAGUCUUCUUCACCGCUGCCAUGAUCUGGGUGUACACACUCAUGAAGCACAGGUACAGCGUGUUUAAGAUCCACUGGCUGAUGGCGGCACUGGCCUUUACCAAGUCCACAUCAUUGGUUUUCCAUAGUAUCAAUUACCACUUCAUCAACACUGAGGGGCAUCCCAUUGAAGGCUGGGCUGUCAUGUAUUACAUCACACACCUGCUCAAGGGGGCGCUGCUGUUCAUCACACUGGCACUGAUCGGCACUGGCUGGGCUUUUGUGAAAUACAUCCUGUCUGACAAGGAAAAGAAGAUCUUCAUGAUUGUCAUCCCUCUGCAGGUCCUGGCUAAUGUCGCCUACAUCAUCAUCGAGUCUACGGAGGAAGGCUCCAGUGAAUAUUAUCUGUGGAAGGAGAUUCUCUUCCUGGUCGACCUCAUCUGCUGCGGAGCCAUCCUUUUCCCUGUUGUCUGGUCCAUCCGUCACCUACAGGAGGCUUCUAGCACCGACGGCAAAGCUGCAAUGAAUUUGGAGAAGCUCAAGCUCUUCCGGCAUUAUUACGUUAUGAUUGUGUGUUAUAUCUACUUCACAAGGAUCAUAGCUAUCCUGCUCAAGGUCACUAUGCCUUUCCAGUGGCAGUGGUGCUACGAGUUUCUGGUGGAGGUGUCUACUCUGAUCUUCUUCGUGUUGACGGGCUACAAGUUCAGACCAGCAUCCAACAACCCCUACCUCCAGCUUCCCCAGGACGAGGAGGAUGUAGAGGCGGAUGAAGUUGUGACUGAGUCAGGUGCACUGGAGGGAAUUUCCAAAGUCAAGAAGACGUGUAACGGACGCGAGCGCCAGAAAGAGUCCACCUUGUGAGCAGGAAGCUGCAUCUUUGGGGGUCGGAGGAUCCACUAAACCUCCCCAUGCCAGCUGGUACAAAGGGGUGCACACGGACCAAGGCUCCCCACCCCCAGUGACAGCUUUCCUUUUGAGACUCGUAGAGUGGUUGCAGUGGUCGUGUCCACUGUCUGGCUAUGCAAAAAAAAAAUUAAAGACUAACUUUGUUGGACACUCUCCAAUUCCUCGGAACACUCCACCCAGAAACUCUGAAGGGUUUCAGAUGGAGACGAGUUUUUGCCACAUGGAUGAUGGGUGGAGACACGGAAAGGAGCUCUGAUGUUCUUUAGUUUUCACUUCUCUCUCUCUCUCUCUCUCUCUCUCUCUCUGUCUGUCUCUCUCUCUCUCUCUCUCUCUCUCUCUCUGUCUGUCUCUCUCUCUCUCUCUCUCUCUCUCUCCAAAGAUAAUUAUCAUUUUAGAGAAAGACUUGCUUUUGGGUGCGUUUAUAUUGGCUAUUUAAUACGGUACUUCUGCGAGCCUCUUAGUUGUACCUUUUUGUGGGUGAUGUGAGUACACGUAUGUGUGAAUGUGAGACAACACAAGAUUUGGACACAACCGUUUUCUUCCCUUUGGAGACAGUGGCCCUUGCUCAGGUAAAAAGGCUAAUCAGUAUAUAUUUAAAAUUUAGGCAACAAUCUGAACACGUUAUUUCUUAUUCCCACUAUUCAGGGGUCAGUAAUGUUCCCAUCACUCCUUAUACAACUUCAUCACCAUGCAGUACAAGUUAUGUUACUUUUUCCCAUAGGAUUGAUUUAUAUAUUGAAAUAUAUGGAAGAGGUUGUAUAUUUCAAUAUAUUUACUUAUUGCAUAUUGAAAUGUUAUAUUUCAGUAUUAUUGUUUAUGUUGGAGAGGUAAGAGUUCCUCCCAGUCCGUCACAUGGACUGCUGCUGUAAUUUAGUGCUUUAGUGGUUGAGGUCAACUCACAUCUCUGUGAAAUCAGCCCUAGAUGGUGACAUGUGAAGCUCUUAAUGAAUAAAGAGGUUGAUGAAUCAGUCUCUCAGAUAACCAGAGCAGUGGCCCCGAUUACGUUCAACGACGGCCUUGAGUUUUUGUUGUUGUUUUUUUUUUUUUUUUUUUUU